AUGAGCGGCGAUGGCAAUCAAAACGAGCAUUUCGACACAUUAUUUCUAUCAAUCGCCCAGCAUCAUCCACAGGGACCCACGCAACUUCUAGACACUUUCGUCAACUUCCUCAGCAGAAAAACGGACUUCUUCACGGGCGGCAAAGAAGGAGAAUGGGAAAAGCUAGUGUUGAACACAUUCAAGAAAUACGAGAAGUCCAGCAGGGAGCAGCACGCGGCCGAAUUGAAGGAGAAACUCGAACAAGAAGCGCGCCGGAAGGCGAAAAAAGAGGCCGAACGGGCCCGAAUAACCGAACUAACGGACGAGCAAGCGGAGAAACUCCAAGCCGAGCUCGACGCCAAGAAGGCCCCUUCGAGCGCCCCCGACGCCCCUUCGAGCACCUCCGGCGCCCCUUCGACUUCCACCGCUAAGAUCGAAGAGGACGAGGACGAGUCCGAGAAGGGUAAAUUGUUACCCAACAAAGGCAACGGGUGCGAUUUGGACAAGUACAGUUGGACUCAAACCCUUAGUGAUAUAGAGCUGCGCGUGCCGCUCGAAUGCAAUUUCCGAGCCAAGCAAAAGGAUCUCACGGUGAACAUCACCAAAAAGCGGCUGGUCUGCGGCCUCAAAAACCGCCAGCCCAUCAUCGACGACGAUUUCCAGCACGAGAUCAAGCUGGAGGAGACCAAUUGGGUGAUCGAGGACGGGAAAUCGUUGCUAUUCUCCAUCGAAAAAGUGAACAAGAUGAAUUGGUGGAGUAAAUUGGUGAAAUCCGAUCCGGAGAUCAGCACCAAGAAGAUCAAUCCGGAGCCGUCGAAGCUGAGCGAUCUGGACGGCGAGACCCGAGGCAUGGUCGAGAAGAUGAUGUACGAUCAGCGACAGAAAGAGAUGGGUUUGCCCACCAGCGACGAGCGCAAGAAACAGGACGUCCUCAAGAAAUUCAUGGAACAACAUCCCGAGAUGGAUUUCUCCAAAUGUAAGUUCAACUGA